AUGCCGAUUACAGAAAAGUCCAGGGAGACCCCCCGCGAAUUCACCGCAUGUGCGCUCGCCGACCGCGAACUGAGCUCCUCGCGAAACCCGUGGGCGAUUGCCCGAAUGCAAGAGCUUCAGCAUAACAUGACCAUGACCCCGUCCUCGACCUAUGCCUGGGGCUCAUGGGGAUGGACAGGUGAACGAUCCCCAGCUCCCUCUCACCCCACCGUUCUGGCUUUCCCCGGGGCCAGGCUGUGCGUGACUGACACGGCACGGCAAUGGAAAGUCCUCCGCACGGUCUACGACGAAGAGCCUGACGCUCUGUUCCCCGCGGUCGAGAAGCUCCGGCGCACGACCGUCAACGAGGCGCUGGCGCAGAGAUUCCGUAUCAAGACGCCCGAGGACAGGGACAGGCUGAACCUGCCGAGCCUGGAAGAGGCUACGGUGGAGGAUAUCCAUGCUCUCUGCGAUCGAUUCAGCGACUGGGUCGCGAAGCGUGGGCGAGGAGGACCCCUCGCACGGCCCGUGUUCCACGCAGUCCUCUGCUUUGCGACUUCCUCGUCGUCGAUGCCCUCGCCCUCCGUGAGCUUGCGGCCCUGUCGGGUGACAUGCCUCCGCUCCAGUUUACGGCAGACCGGGACGAGUUCACAGCUUACUGGAAUCCUGGUUCUACUCGGCGAGUCGGCGUGGAUGCUGGGGAAGGGAGAAAGGGAUGGGAAGAUGGAGUCCGUUGAGAACCCCGAGGCGUCUGGCUCGCUCUGUUCCACUGGGUACAUUGUCCCCUCGCUGCCGCCGUACUGGGCCGAGGAGGACGAAUUUUAG